GGCGCGCCUCUCUCGUGAGUCCCCCUUCGGUUCCCUAGUCUGCUGGGCUCAAGCAGGUGCCGAGUCUUGCGCUCGGACCCAGAGCCCUCGCCCCAUCGCGUCGGGAGGUCCCCCCUCGCCUCUCCCAAGGGCCCCGCAGUAGAGCCUCGAGUUCUAGCUCGGGAGGAGGCUCGAGCGGUCCGCCCGCGAAGGCAGAUGGGCGAGCCGGCGGCCCUCACGCGAGCGGACCUGCGGCUCGAGCUCGAAGCGUGGGCCCAGGAAACGGUCAUCGCCGAGGUGAGGAAGGAAAUGGCCAGGCUCGGGGACAGGCUCCAGCACACGGCGGCCAGCACGGACCAGGUCCUCUCGGAGGUGCGCGAGAUGCACGGCAGGUUGGCAGACGCAACCACUUCCAGGUGCAGCGAGUCCGACGUCGGCGGCCACCGGGUGGACCCGGGCGCGGCGAGCCGGGCCGAGCCGUUCCGGGCUGCGGCCCGCCUCGGCGGGUCGCGGCUGUCGACGGAGAGCCAGCUCGGGCCCCUCCACGAGAACCCCCUGCCGCCCGAGCCGACGGAGUGGCGCGGGCUGUCCCUGGUCAGCGCGCCCCUGCCGAACCCUAUCUCGAUGGGCAGCAAGGGCCCCAGCGCGCGCCCGCCGAAGGCGGGCACGCGCGACACUUUGCCGCUGCGGGACGGAACGCGCCCGCGGUCGCCAGACAAGGAGCCCCCCGUGCUGCCAGACACCGACCAGCGCUCGCUUGACAGGGAGCUCCCAGGCAUGCCGCCCUCGCCGAGGAUGCUCGAGGCAGCUGGGGCCAGACUGAGGUUUGCGGCCGAGGACGAGGAUGUCGGGGAGCACCAUUGGAACGGCUCCACCGACCAAGAGGACAGCGUCUCGCCGAAGAGCUUCGCGGAGGGGCGGGCCACGCGCUCCACCGUGGCGCCCCUCAGCAGGACCACGCCCCCCCC